AUGAGUAACUCGUCUGCAGAUACAAGAUCUUCCCCGAUGAUUCGUCGUACCUAUAAGGAUGCUGUCAACGUAUUGAACACUCUACAAUCCAAUUUCUCCACGAUUGAUGCCGUUCGAAAGUCUGGUAUCAUCAGGAACCCCAUGCUUAUUCCUGAAAUGGUGGAGUGGACCCGUAGAAUUGGUUACAAGCCUUCCGAUUUCAACAGAUUGAACAUCAUCCAUGUUACAGGAACAAAGGGAAAAGGUUCUGUUUGUUCUUUUGUUAACAGUAUUCUUUCUCAGUAUCGGACUCCUGCCAAAUUUGUCCCUGCUGCUGCUGCUGCUGCUGUUGCUGCCGACGCUAUUGAUAUCGACCCUUCUUCCCGUUCCAACAGUGUCGAAAGCUCUGUUUCUCCUCGAAUCACAAAAAUAGGUCUCUAUGUCUCUCCUCACUUGAAGACUGUUCGUGAAAGAAUUAUGAUCAACGGUAAGCCGAUAGGUGAAGAAUUGUUUGCCAGAUAUUUCUUUGAGGUGUUUGACAGACUCGAUAAGUCUUCAUCGGAUCCCAUUAAGUUCCCCCAUAUGACUGCAGGUGUCAAACCUGCAUAUUUCCGCUACUUGACCUUAUUGGCCUUCCAUACAUUUAUCAGUGAAGGAGUGGAUUCGGCCGUGUUUGAGGUUGGUAUCGGAGGAGAAUAUGACUCUACUAAUAUUAUUGAGCAUCCUACUGCCUGUGGUAUUGCAUCGUUGGGUCUAGAUCAUACCCAGAUUCUUGGCAAUACCCUGGAAUCCAUUGCUUGGAAUAAAAGUGGUAUCUUUAAGCCCGAUACUCCCUGUUUCUCCGUUAGACAGCCCGAUCAAGCUGCUACAAAUAUGAUCGAAGAGCGUGCAGUGGAGAAAAAGGCUGCCAGUUUACAGUGGGUGGAUAUCCGAUCUGAUUUGGCAGAUAUUAACCUUGGAAUCAACGGAGAUUUCCAGGCUCAGAAUGCCUCUUUGGCUAUUGCUCUCUGCCAGGCUCACCUCAAUAAACUGGGCUUUGCUGUCGAUACUGAUACGCUACCAGAUGAGUUUAUCAGAGGCCUUGAGCAGGCUCGUUGGCCCGGAAGAUGUCAAAUUCUUCCUGAUAAACAGAGAAAAGACCUUACCUGGUUUAUUGAUGGGGCUCAUACAAAAGAAUCUAUUCAGGGUGCCUCCCACUGGUUCACAACUGUGACAAAUCCAGAAAGAAAAAGGGUAUUACUCUUUAAUCAGCAGACUAGGGAUCCUCAGCUUCUGUUGAAGACUCUUUACCAUGAGAUGGAGAAGGCUAAGUUAAUGUUUAGUCACGUGGUGUUCACUACUAAUGUCACCUGGUCUUCUGGUGAGUACUCGGAGGAUUUGGUUUCUCUCAAUACAUCCGCCAAACAGGUGGAUUCGCUUGAAGUCCAGACUCUUUCCGCUGAGAUCUGGAACAAACUCGAUAAAAAGUCCCGAAAACAUAUUUUCCAUGACCUACAAACAAGCAUUAACUUUAUUUGCUCCUUAGAGGGUCCCCUGGAUGUGUUUGUGUGCGGCUCCUUGCAUUUAGUUGGUGGUUUCCUUGUCGUCCUUGAGUCUAAGGAAGGUAAGAUGAUUACGGGUUUAUAA